AUGAACAACGUCGUCAAGACUGAUAGACUCGAUGAAGCAAUAUGGAAUCGCUAUCGCACAACGAUCGAGAGCCUUUACUGGGAAACGUCACUCGAUAAGAUCGAUGCCCAUAUGAAGAAGCAUUAUGGUUUUGUCGCUAGCAAGUCACAAUACGAAAGGCACUUCCGCAAAUGGGAACUGCGGAAAAAUCUGACUACGGCCGAAUGGGUAGCCACCAUCAGGUAUUUGACGGAGAACUCGAUUGAUCUUGAGCAAGUCGAAGUGUUGUUCAAAGGACCUGGUGAAGUGGACGAAGCCUUCCAAGAUGCGGCUUGA